CAUUUCUUCAGACAAAAAUUGGAAUCUACAAAAAAAGAAAUACAAAAGUUAACCCCAAACCCCCAAAAAGAAAAAGGGCAAUAAAUCAUUAAAAUCUCUCUGACUCACUGCGAUUCUGAAACGAAAAAUCAAUAGCUGACAGACAGUGAAUAGAAUCUCUGACAUCUGACUGAUGAUCCUCCAUUCAUGGCUUCUUGACCAGGUGGGUUGGGCAAGACUUGUAGAUUCUUUGACUGGAGGUGUAUUUUGGGUGUCACACUUACAUUUUGGUUUCAAGCUUGAGAAAGGAAGACGAGGGCUAGUAUCAUGGGUGAAGGAGAGGAGACUAUUGAGCUUAGAUUCAGGAUUUAUGAUGGUACAGAUAUAGGCCAGGGUGCUUAUGCAUUAUCAAUAACAGCUGCAACUCUUAAGCAAAAGCUUGUUGCUGAGUGGCCUAAAGACAAAACAGUCACACCCAAGUCAGUAAAUGAUGUAAAACUCAUACAUGCUGGUAAAAUUUUGGAAGAUAACAAGACACUUGCUGAUUCCAAAAUAACCAUUGGCGACCUUCCUGGUGGGGUUGUUACCAUGCAUGUGGUAGUACAGCCUCCUGUAGCCAAGAAGAAGACAGACAAAAAUGAGGAGCAGAUGCACAAGAUGAAUGCAUGCACAUGUAACAUCCUUUAAUUUGGGAAGCAUAGAUGGCAGCUGUUGCAGAUGGAAUCACACCUUUUCUACAUUUUUGCUUUCCUUCAUGAGCCGAGUGUAAUAUAACAUUGUGUUUAUGAUCAUAUGAGGGUUGCCUUUUUUCUUCUUCUUCUUCUUCUUCUUGUAAUUGCUUCCAUUGUUGUUCAUUUUGUGGUCCAUUCUCUUUGAAGUGAAAUCAGAAUAUCAACCAUUACUGUCCUUUUUGGCAUGGUAAAGUUGUCUUGUAUGGUCCUUGAGAGAGAGUGCGAAAGUGAAAGAGAGCAACAUACAUCAAUGUUGGCUUUCAUAUAUACCAUAUUUUCUUUCUUUUUAGUACUGAAUAACUCAAGUGAUGUAAUUUUCUUUCUUGUGAAUUAUUAUUAUUAUUUUUAA